GAGAGCCCCGCCCCCGCCAGGCGUGUGGGUGUGUGUGUGUGUGUAUGUAUGUGUGGUGUGUUUGCGGCCCGCGCGGGUUGCACACCCUCCGCCUCUGCGCCUCGUCCCCUAGGCCAGGCUGCUGCUGCCCCUGCGCCCCUCGCCCCGCCGGGCGUUGUAGGCCAACAUGGGCCAGGAAGAGGAGCUGCUGAGGAUCGCCAAAAAGCUGGAGAAGAUGGUGGCCAGGAAAAACACGGAAGGGGCCCUCGACCUUCUGAAGAAGCUGAACAGCUGUCAGAUGUCCAUCCAGCUACUCCAGACAACCAGGAUUGGAGUUGCCGUUAAUGGGGUCCGCAAACACUGCUCAGACAAGGAGGUCGUGUCCUUGGCCAAAGUCCUCAUCAAAAACUGGAAGCGGCUGCUGGACUCCCCUGGAUCCCCCAAAGGAGAAAAAGGAGAGGAAAGAGAAAAAGCAAAGAAGAAAGAAAAGGGGCUUGACUGUUCCAGUUGGAAGCCAGACGCAGGCCUUUCUCCACCAAGGAAGAAACGAGGAGAAGAGCCCAAAGACAGAAGAGAUUCUGUGGACUCCAAGUCUUCGGCUACCUCCUCUCCAAAAAGGCCAUCGAUGGAAAGAUCAAACAGCAGCAAAUCGAAAGCGGAGACGCCCAAAACACCCAGCAGCCCCACGAGCCCCACCUUUGCCCCGUCCGUCUGCCUCCUGGCGCCCUGCUAUCUCACAGGGGACUCCGUCCGGGACAAGUGUGUGGAGAUGCUCUCAGCAGCCUUGAAGGUGGAUGACGACUACAAGGACUAUGGGGUCAACUGUGACAAGAUGGCAUCAGAAAUUGAAGAUCAUAUCUACCAGGAGCUCAAGAGCACAGACAUGAAGUAUCGGAACCGCGUGCGCAGCCGAAUCAGCAACCUCAAGGACCCCAGGAACCCCGGCCUGCGGCGGAACGUGCUCAGUGGGGCCAUCUCUGCCGGGCUCAUUGCCAAGAUGACAGCAGAGGAAAUGGCCAGUGACGAGCUGCGGGAACUGAGGAAUGCCAUGACCCAGGAGGCUAUCCGUGAGCACCAGAUGGCCAAGACAGGCGGCACCACCACUGACCUCUUCCAGUGCAGCAAAUGCAAGAAGAAGAACUGUACCUAUAACCAGGUGCAGACACGCAGCGCUGAUGAGCCCAUGACUACCUUUGUCUUGUGCAACGAAUGCGGCAAUCGCUGGAAGUUCUGCUGAUAGAACUGCCAGCCAGGAUUUCAGUGAACAAGGUGAAGAAGAACAAAGAGAAAGCACUAAGCCGUCAUAACUGGAGAAAAAAUAAAAAUUAAAAUGAAGAAAAAUGCUGA